AUUUCAUCCAUAUCUCUACUACAUUCUCUGCUCUAAAAAUAAGCCAUGGCUGACGUCAUUGUUUCUGCCUUCUUCACUGUGUUUUUUGAAAAGCUGGCCUCCGAAGCCUUGCAAAAGAUUGCUCGUGCCAAGGGAAUUGAUUCUGAGCUAAAGAAACUGAAGAGGUCAUUAAGCCAGAUCCAAGCUCUGCUUUAUGAUGCUUCUCAGAAGGAAAUAACUCAGGAAGCUGUUAAAGAAUGGUUGAACAGUCUCCAACAUUUGGCUUACGAUAUAGACGACGUGCUUGAUGAUUUGGCAACCGAAGCUAUGCAUCGGGGAUUCACCGAUCAAUCUGGAGUCAUCACCAACAAGGUAAGAAAGCUACUGCCAACUUGUUGCACAAAUUUCUCAUUAAGCACUAGGAUCCAUCGCAAGUUAGAUGAUAUUUCCACAAGGUUGCAAGAACUAACGGAGGGAAAAAAUAAUCCUGGGUUAAGCGUGACAACAAAUGAAAAGCCAAAAAUUAAAAGAAACGAUGGUAGGGUAGAUGAAAUUGGUAUUGUUGGACGUGAAGCUGAAAAGAAGGCAUUGAUUCAAAAACUGUUAGGGGGUAAAGAUGAAUCAUGCAAUCAAAACUUUAGCAUCGUGCCUAUAGUUGGUAUGGGUGGGGUAGGUAAGACCACUCUAGCCAGACUCUUGUACGAAGAAAAGGAAGUGAAGGAUCACUUCGAAGUUAGAGCUUGGGUUUCUGUUUCUUAUGAGUUUGAUAUCUCAAAUAUAAGCAAAGUUAUUUAUGAAAAUGUGUCUGGGGAAAACAAAAUUUUUAAAGAUUUAAAUUUGCUUCAAGAUGCUCUUAAAGAGAAACUUAAGAAUAAAUUAUAUCUAAUAGUUUUAGAUGAUGUAUGGUCUGAAAGCUAUGGUGAUUGGGAAAAAUUAGUGGGCCCGUUUCUUGCAGGGGCUCCUGGAAGUAGAAUUAUCAUGACAACUCGAAAGGAGCAAUUGCUCAGACAGUUGGGUUACGCUCAUCUAGACCCACUACAGAGUUUGUCAGAUGAUGAUGCUCUGUCAUUAUUUGCUCAACAUGCAUUGGGUGUAGCCAACUUUGAUUCACAACCAACACUAAGAACACUUGGAGUAGGGUUUGUGAAAAAAUGUGAUGGCUUGCCCUUGGCUUUAAGAACACUUGGGAGGUUAUUAAGGACAAAAACAGACGAGGAAGAAUGGAAGGAGCUGCUUAAUAGUGAGAUAUGGACGUUAGGAAAAAGGGAUGAGAUUGUCCCUGCUCUUAGACUAAGCUACCAUGAUCUUUCUGCCUCUUUGAAGCAGUUGUUUGCAUAUUGUUCCUUGUUCCCCAAAGACUAUGUGUUUGAUAAGGAGGAGUUGAUUCUAUUGUGGAUGGCAGAAGGGUUUUUGCAUCAAUCAACCACCAGCAAGUCAAUGGAACGUUUGGGUCUUGAAGGUUUUGAAGACUUGUUGGCAAGGUCAUUUUUUCAACAUGCACCUGAUGACAAAUCAUUGUUUGUGAUGCAUGACCUAAUGAAUGACUUGGCCACAUCUGUUGCUGGAGAUUUUUUUUCCAGGUUAGACAUUGAGAUGAAGAAGGAAUUUAGGAAGGAAGCUUUGGAAAAGCACCGCCAUUUCUCAUUUGUUUGUGAGGAGUACAUGGUUUACAAAAGGUUUGAAGCAUUCAAGGGAGCUAGAAAUUUGAGAACAUUCUUAGCAACGUAUGUUGGGAUGAAAGAAAGUUGGAGAACAUUUUAUUUAUCAAAUAUGGUCCUGGAUGAAUUACUUCACGAGUCACCUUUGUUAAGGGUCCUUAGCUUGUGUCAACUCAACAUAAGCGAGGUACCUAAAUCCAUUGGUAGUUUGAAGCACUUGCGUUAUCUUAAUUUAUCUCGAACUAAAAUCACACAUGUACCAGAUAAUGUCUGCAACCUUUAUAAUUUACAGACAUUGAUUGUUUCUGGCUGUGAGAGUUUGAAAAAAUUGCCUGAGACGUUCUCAAAGCUUAAAAAUUUGCGGCAUUUUGACAUGCGGGAUACUCCACUUUUGAAGAAGAUGCCAUUAGGGAUUCUUGAGUUGAAAAGCCUACAAACUCUCUAUGGGAUUGUUAUUGAAGGAGAAAAUGGAUUUUCAAUAACUGAGCUUAAGGAUUUAAAGAUUAUCCAAGGGAAACUUUCCAUUAAAGGAUUGGAAAAAGUGUCCGGAUUAACGCAUGCACAGGAAACAAACUUAUCUGAAAAGAGGCUAACUGACUUAGAGUUGGAAUGGAGUGAUGUAUAUGAUGGUUCUCGAAAGGAAGCACUUGAAAAGGAGGUCCUCACUAAGCUGAAGCCUCAUAAUGUUACUCUAAAAGAACUCAAAAUCGUGUCAUAUGGAGGUAUAGAAGUUCCAAGUUGGGUUGGGGAUCCCUCAUUUAGUCGGCUGACUUGUGUUUCGAUAAGUGGUUGUAAAAAGUGCACAUCUCUACAACCACUUGGGCAAUUACCAUUACUUAAAGAGUUGGUUAUUGAAGGCAUGGAUGAGGUAAAAGUUGUAGGUCUGGAGUUGCUUGGGUCUGGUCUUUCAUUCCCUUCACUUGAAAAUUUAACUUUUCGAGAUAUGGAUGGGUGGGAGGUUUGGUCAACCAGUAUUGGGGUUGUCAGUACAUCAUUUCCAUGCCUUCAUGAGCUUCAUAUUGAAAGUUGUCCUAAUUUGGUUAGAGUCUCACUUGAAGCAUUAACUUCAUUGAGGGUUCUAACGAUAAUUGGUUGUGGCCACGAAGUGUUAAAAGGUUUGGUCGGUGUAGCUUUGUCAAUCACCGAGUUGGAUAUAAUAGCUAUUUCUGGGCUUAAUGAUCAUGUGUGGGGAGGUGUUAUAGAGUAUCUUGGGGCAGUUGAAGAAGUAAGAAUGAGAGAGUGUAAUGAAAUAAGAUACUUGUGGGAAUCAGAAGUAGAUGCAAGUAAGUUUCUUGUGAAUUUAAGGACGUUGUUUGUAAGCAAUUGUUCAAAUUUGGUGAGUUUAGGAGAGAAAGAGGACGAGGAGAGUUGUGGGAGCAACCUAACAUCUCUUACAAGCUUGUCCGUAUUGGGUUGUGAUAGCUUGGAACAUUGCAGCUGUCCAAAUAGCCUUAUGACUUUUUACAUCGAGAAUUGUAAUAAAUUAUUGGAAAAGGAGUUGGUAGGAGCACGAGAGAAGCCUGUGAUCAACUCAAACAUACUGAUGCUUGAUACUUUGUGUACAGUUGAUUGGCCAAAUCUGAAAUCGAUCGCUGAAUUGAGUUCCUUCAAUCACCUCAGGCAACUCGUAAUAAUCAAUUGUCCAAAUUUGGAGUCAUUUCCUGACCACGAGUUGCCAGAACUCAAUGUGUUAACACAUCUGACAAUAAUAGAUUGUGAAAGUUUGGAUGCUUCCUUUUCUCUUGGGCUUUGGCCUCCAAAAUUGUGUUCACUUAGGAUAGGGGGGUUGAAGAAGUCCAUGUCAAAGUGGGGCCCACAGACAUUUCCAACCUCACUUGUGAGCCUAUGUUUAACAGGUGGACAGUCAGGAGAUGUGAGUAAUUUCAGUCAGUUGUCCCAUCUUCUUUCUUCAUCUCUCACUUCUCUUGAAAUAUAUGAAUUUGAGAAAGUGGAAUCAAUUUCAAUGGGACUCCAACACCUCACCUCCCUCCAACUUCUCAUUGUUUCUGAAUGCCCAAAGACAAGAGAUCUACCAGAAAUGCUGCUGCCUUCACUUUUGAGUUUGGAAAUCUAUGGAUGCCUGAUUCUGAAAGAAAGGAGUAGUAAAAGAGGCUCCUACAGGCCCCUCAUAUCACGUAUCCCCUUCGUUGAGAUAUCUGAUGUUGAAGGUCAUCAAUAGCCCAAUAGAAUCAUGUUAUUGUCUAGAAGAAGUUAGCAUGUUCUAGAAUGAUCUGGAAGAUUCUAGAACAUUAUGGAAUACUAUGGAGGAGUGUUGAAGAUGCCGGAAGAUUCUAGAAUACUCUAGAACGAGAUGGAAGACCCCGGUAGGACAUUAUAGAACAUUCUAGAAACAUAUAAAAGCUUGUAAUAGAUAUAGAAUAUGGUAGAUAGUUCUAGAAUAGCCAUGAAUGUAUGUAGAUCUAGAAACUUCCUAUAAGGAGGUGAAAACACCUAUAAAUAGGUGUGGAGCUCAUUUGCUCCAAACCAUCCCAACAUCCAAGUAUCCAAGAAAGCCUCAAAGAGAGAAAAGUGUGUAGUAGUCUCACAAAAAGUGUAAGUUCUCCUUAAGUGUCUUAAUAAAAGUCUUGUUGUUUCCCAUAUAAAA